CGAAUACUCGAAUGUUGAUUUGUGUGCGUAAUAGCUCGAAAACCUGUGUCGAAAGUCUCAAUAGUUCCAUCCUACUUAGGUUGUCAAUAUUUCCGACCGAAAUAAUUGUAUGAUAUCUGUUUAUCUGUAUUGUGACUAUUGUUGGAUUACGCGUUUUAGGAAGGCGAAACAAAUUAAUACAUAUAAUUACUCAUCUUCAUAUACACACACAUAUACAUAUAUAUAUAUAUAUAUAUAUAUAUACAUAUUUGAUAUAUAUUAAUUUCUGAGGUAAGUAUAACAACAAAAGGUUAUCAUUAAUUAUUUGGAGGACAGAGACGCUAUUUCUUACUGUUCAAAUCAGUUUUCUUACGAAACUUGAUUUUUCCUAAUAGCAUUGUAUAUUUUAUGUUAUAUGGUCUUGUAGCGAUUGUUAUAAACAGCUUCACUAACCUACUUUUUACAGUGUACUUUCUUGCUAUUAAACAUUACAAUUGUCAUUUAUCCAGCAGGUUUGCCAUGUCUGUUUUGAAUCAUACUUGUGAUGAUCAGCCUGAAUGUCCCUUGUGCAUGGAAGCAUUUGAGGUAGAUGACCUGAACUUCUUUCCAUGUACAUGUGGCUAUCAGAUAUGUCGCUUUUGUUGGCACCGAAUACGUACCGAUGAAAAUGGCUUAUGCCCAGCAUGUCGCAAACCGUACCCCGAGGACCCAGCCGAUUUUAAGCCACUUAGCCGAGAAGAAGUAGCAAAAUUAAAGGCAGAAAAGCGAUAUAAACAUCAACAAAAAAAGAACAAGAUUACUGAAGAUAGGAAAGUUUUAAACAACAUGCGAGUACUCCAAAAAAAUUUAGUUUUUGUUGUUGGGUUGCCUAAUCGGAUAUCGGAAGCAGAAGUAAAUAUUUAGAUGUUUUAAUUUACUAACUCUUAUUCUUUUCUCACUUAAAUAUACACUAUACAUUACCUUAUAUACCAUAUUAUAGGUACGUACCAUUUAAUUACAAUAAAUACAUACUUAUUAGUAAAUAAUACCACAGUUAUGUAGGUACACACACAAACAGUAUACAUUUAUAUUCCAUUAAUUAAUGUAAGUCUUAUUUUAUUUUUCCUAGACAGUUUACAAGUAGAUACCACCAAACUAAAUACAAACAAAAAAAUAUUAUUCAUAUUUGUUUAAUUUUUUGUGUUCAUCAAAUGUUAUUUUAGUAAAUAUUCCUUCUAAUUUAACUCAUGUACCCGCAUAAUUAAAAAUUGGUUAAUAUAUCACAUAUUUACAUUUUAAACUACUUAAAUAUCCAUACAAAUUAUUAUUAGAGUAGAAACGUAUUAUUAUAUAUAAGUAUGAUGCACCAAUGAUUUACUUAAUACAUCAAUACAUCAUAUUUUAUAGGAGGAUUUAAUAAUUAUAAAUAACAAACCUAACAAAAUAAUAUUUAAGAUAAAAGAAAAUAGUUGCAUUAUUUAGAAAAAUAUGCCUUAUACAUUUUUUUCGUUUUAAUACUUACUACACUAAAAAUGGAUGAUACUUUAAAACAAAUUUAACCAAUCUAUGUCAUUUGAUAAGUGAACUAAUAUUUAGAUAUAAUUAUCAUUUUCAAUAGACUAAUAAUUACUUAUUUAUUUAUUAAAAUUAAAAAUAAAUUAGUUUAUAGUCGCUAAGUAAGUUGAAUUUUUUUAAAAUUGAUUACCUAAUAUCUAUUAAUUUGUAUUUUAUGGUAUAUAAGUAGUUAGAUAAGUUUCAGAUAGUCAAUUAAAAAGAAUCUAAAUUUUUAAUUUAAAUUUGAAGUCUUAUUAUGAAAAUUGAAUAAAUAAAUCAAAUUAAACAUAUUAAAUUGUUCUCUUAUAUAAUUGCAGACGCUCAAAAAACAUGAAUAUUUUGGAAAAUUUGGGAAAAUAUUAAAAGUUGUUAUAAAUCAAAGUACUUCAUAUAUUGGCACACAGGUAAGUUAAUGUAGUAAAAUAUAGGCUCAACAUAAAUUAUUAUCUUGUUACAAUUAUAUUAAAUUUAUUUAGUUACUUGUACCUAAUUUUUAUAUUUUUUUAUUGCAUUGUUUAAUUAUUAACACACAAACAAAUUAUAUUUCAAUAUAUAUAUUUAACGUAAUCAUAUUAUGAAUUAUAAAUUCUUAGGGUCCGAGUGCAAGUGCUUAUGUAACAUACUCUAGAUGUGAAGAUGCGCUUAGGGCUAUACUUGCUGUCAACAAUGUCAUUAUAGAUAAUAGAGUAUUAAAAGCAUCAUUGGGUACAACAAAAUAUUGUUCAAAUUUUAUGAAGAAUCAGCCUUGUCCUAAAACAGAUUGCAUGUAUUUACAUGAUAUGGGUGAAUAAUUAAUUAUUUUAUUACUUACCUAUAAAAGAAAAAAACUAAUGGUAAAUAUAUUCUUUUUUUUUAUUUGCAGGAGAACCAGAAGCUAGUUUUACUAAAGAUGAAAUGCAGCAGGGUAAACAUCAAGAAUAUGAAAAGAAAUUAUAUGAGCAAUAUAAUGUUGUAUUAACGUACGUAACUAUUAUAAUAUUUUACAUCUAAUAUUUAUGUACACAUAAAUAUUUUAAAUCUUACUUACUAAUAGUAGAAGACCAGAAAAUUCUCCGCCUAUUCAAAAUUCUUCAGGUAAUAAUGGUGUCAUAGAAAAUUUGUCACAAAAUAAUAAGGAAUCUUGGCCUUCUCUUAAUAAUAGUAAUUCACGCAAUCAUUCUCCAGGUAACAUGAUAUAAAACUAUUAUUUUAUUUCUUAAUAACUAUUUAUAUAAGUACCAAUACAAAGUAAAUAGUUUUUUUUUUUUUACUUUAAAACUUAAAUGAUUUUAUUAACUAUAUUUUUUUCAAAAAUAAUUAAUAUUAUUUGUAUAUUUAUUCUUAAUUCUUAAAUUACCUAUUAAUAUACAUUUUUACACGCCUUAAUUAAUCUUAUUAUAUUUAGUUGAAGACGAUAGAUUAUAUGAAGUUGAAUUUAAUUUAACAAAUCAUAAUUCACAUUCUGAUAAAACUGUAGAAAAGAGCGAAUCUCACAAUGUUAAAAUCAAUGGACACAAAAAUAAAAAGAAAUCUAGUUCACCAGAAAAUAGGUUUGUAAUCGUUCUUCAUUAUUAAUAAAAAAAAAAAAAAAAAAAAAAAACUAUAAUAUAAAUUAUUUAUUAAUUUUUUUCUCAGGAAAGGUAAAGUGAAAACUCCAAGUUCUAUACCAUCAGCUGAAGAAGAACAAUUAAAUACUUUAGAAGGUGAAUGUACAGAAAAUAAAAGAAAUUUGAUUAAAGAAAUAUGGAAUACUGAACCAUCUCUUAGCAAUAAUCAAUCAGAAAAUGAUAUUCAAAAUGGUUUGUAUAAAAAAAUCAUUUGGUGUUUAUUAUAAUACUAAUUAUAUAUAAAAUUUAAUUGAACUUUUUCAUUAGAUUAGACAAUUAUUUCCUUUAAUAUUAGUAACUAGUUGUCCCACAAGUGCACAAGUGCUUUCCCUGUGCACAGUAUUUUAAAAAGAAAAAAAGUUGUUCUCUGCUUCUAUCCAUGACAAUGUAACAAUCAAAUUAACUAAUAAUAACUAUUUUUUUUUAUCUAUGUUGCAAAGUUAACUGUAACGAGCCUAACGUAGGAAUAGGAUUUUGAGGAAAAAUGUUUGAAAUAAACCAAACUCUAACUUAAGUUUAUAAAUAAUUAACAUAACAUAACAUAACACAAAACAAACAAACAUUAAAUUUCGUUAUCGAAAACUCUUGUUAGCUACCUUGAAGGGUUUGAAUUUCUGAAAAUCAGCUCUGAAGUGCACAUAAAUCUGUUUAUAUGUUUCUGUAUGUCAAUUUCAGAUCUCUGCAUGCAAUAAAUUUAGAUGUAGAUUGUGCACAGACAGGCAAAAACUAUCAUUCGCUUACACUUAUAAUUUUACUAUAAUAUAAAAUAAAAACAAAAUGUUUAAUACUAGUUAAAAAGAAAAAUUAUUGCUAAACCAUAAAUCACAACCACAGCUUUUUUUUAUUUUGUAUUAUUAUUAUUUUAAAUCAAAUAGUAUAUAUUAUUGAUAUGUGUAUUAUUUUUAUUGAGUGUGCGGUAUUCGUUUAAUCAGUUUUUUAUUUUUAUUUUUAUUAAUUGUAUUUUUAGAAUUAUUUGAGAAUUCACAAAAACCAGUUUCAAUAUUCGAACAAGAUAACAAUAAUUCAUUUUUCUCUUCAAAUUUUUCUAAAUUAACAAAUGGUAAAACCAGUCCUGGUAAGUUCUUUUGUUUUUACAUUAUUAAACAUUAUUUAUUUAUUAUCUAUUCUGUACAAUAGUAUUAAACAGUGAACCCGAUUGGAGUCCUCCAGUUAGUGCAAUUUUACCUCCAAUACCAGAUGUACUACCCCAAGUACAAACAUCUGAAGAUUGGCAAGCAGCUUUUGGUUUUUCAAAUAGUAGUAAUAAUUCACAGAAUAAUUAUCAGUCUUCAGAUAUAAAUAGAACAAUGGUAUUUUACCAGUAUCAAUUAAAAUAAAUUAUCAAUAAAUCACAUAUUUGUUUGGUACUUGUAUUGCAGUUAAAUUUACCUUCAGAUGAUGAAAUAUUUGAUCCACUUUCUGUUACACAACGUGCCCUUUCAGAAUAUAUGGAACAACAGAAUCAUCUUAAUAUGUAUCAAUCUAGACUUCAAAAUUCCGGGUAAGUAUAAAAAUAACUUAAUCUUAAUUUAAAUGCUUUCAUUAUUUAUGAAUUGUUGGUUUAAAGGUUUCCUUACUGCACAAAAUUAAUGGAUAAUCUACAUAUAAAUAAUACGGCUCCAACAAGAACAUGUUUACCGCCUCCUGGAUUUUCUUCGGCUCCAAAUCAAGUCAAUUCCUAUGGUAUCAGUAUUCCUCGUAACACAGGUAAUUUAAUAUAUAUUUUCUUUUAUUUAUAAAUUAAAACAAUUUCUGAUAGAACUUAAAAUCUAGUUCAUUUUAUAAAUUAAUUAUAGUAUGCUUAAUACUGGGAAAAACACCAUUUAUUGACAAAAUUGAUUUAAUUUGUUAUUUUAAUUCAGAAACAAUUGUAGAGUCCUGGUAUUUUCACAGAAUACUAAUAUUAGCUUUGGUACACGCAAUAUAAUUUCAAAAUAUAUUGGCUUUUUUUCUUGAAUAAUUUAUUUACUAUUAAAAAUUGUCGAGUAUUUUAAUUUACGUGGAUAAAAAAAUUUGGUCCUGUAAAAAAGCUCGAACAUUUAAUACAAAGUUAAGGUAAGUUGUUAAUGUUGUUUUUUUUUUUUUUUUAAUUGUUUUAUAACAUGGAGAUUGAGUGACGAAGCCAACCAUUUUAUUUUAUGUUAUUUUUGAAGUUUUUUGCAAAUAUGAAUUUUAUUGUAGUAAAUAAUCUAUUAUAUUAUUUAAUCAGUAGACAGUAGUAUCAUUGUGAGAUAUAAAUUAAUUUAAAAUAAAAUCCCUGGCAUUUGAUCAUCUGGCAUGUAGCACGAAAGCAUACUAAUUUUUUUUUAUAAUAUAUACAUCGAAUAGAACAAAAGUUGUUCAAGUAUCAGAUCAUCUAGGGAUACCCUGUAUAUAUAUAUAUAAUAAAAAUUACCAGAUUAAGGAGACUACUGUAGUUGGUAAACCCCUAGAUUAAGAAACACUGGUUAGAGAACAAUGAAGUGACCUCUGCUGCUACACAAAUUAUGUUUCACUAAUUUCCUCUACCCAAACUUAAAAGUGGAAUAUCUUAUCAACAGUUUGACAGAUUUAACAAAUUUCCAUACCAAAAUUUAAUGAAACUAAAAAAACAAAAUAAAAUAUAUAAAUUAAAAAAUUUAUAUAUAAAAAUGAAUAAAAGCGUUACCUAAAGUAUUAUAAGUGAAUUAUACAACCAGUUUCAAAUUAAAAAUUUAUCAUCAGGUAUAUCAAUGUCAAAAUGUAAAAUGCGACUCAUAUAUCACAUAAUACACUUAUCAUAAUACUCCAGGCAACACAUUUAUUAUUAUUUUAUUACAAAAUAAAAUGUCAAUUAUUUAUGAAAGUUUAGUUUUAGUAUAGGUUGUUAUUUGAUUUUCAAAUAGCAGUAGUGGGUGGUUUCAUCACAAAUAGUAGUAACAGUAAUGUUAAAUUCUAAGCUCCUUGUUUUUAAAUUGUCCUAAAAUAAAUAAAUUCCAAAAAAAAAUACAUACUUUCUGUAAUAAUAAGUAUUCUAUUCUUAUUUAUAUGCUCGUCUUAGAAUUGAUCACAAUCCAUAUUAAUUAUAUGACAUUUUUUUUCUAAAUGUGUUUACUUUAUCCCAAAAAAAUUAUGACAUAUUUAGGGUGUAUUUAAAGUUUUAGUUUUAAACUUGUUGACUUUUUAAAAUACAUUUAUAGUUGCAAUAAUAAACAAUAACAUAACACAAUGGUUUCAAAUAAUUAAUUAGGGGGGGGGGGUAAUACAAAGACAAUAAGGUAGGUUAUAUAUUUAUUUAGUUUAUAUUUGUAUACGAAGAUAAAUUAUUGCUAACUAAAAAAGAUUUGGAGCAAACUUAAGUGUGACAUAUUUUGAAUGCCAUAGUUUUUGGAGACUUUUGUCAAAAUUUGAUCUUAAAACGCUUUUGAAAAGAAAAAGAAACUAAUGUAUUAAACUCUGAAGUUGUUUUUUAGAUAAGUAUAACUUAUAAUGUACCUUGCUUUCAAUCUUCAAGCGUUUCUCUUAAAUCUGUUAAUUCUCCAAGUCCAACUAAAUAAAAAUACACAUUAAAAACAUGACAAUAUUAAAUAACUUUAAAUUGUUAGAAUGUUUUGAAUAUUUUCCCACGUUUACAAAAGACCAAUUUAAGUAUUUCAUAAAAACUACAAAUCUUUACUGCAAUGUUUAACCAAAUAACAAAAACCCAAAUACCGUACAUAAUACCAUGUUCUAACUUUUUUUACCGGUUUUCAAAUUUAUUAGAAAAACUGCAGAUUCUUAAUUUCAUACUUAAUCACAAACUAGACAAAAUUUUCUUCCAGAAAAUUAGCUUAUUUUGAAAUUAGGACAGACUUCUGGUAGAAAAUUUUAAUUAAUAAAAUUGUUACUCCAUAAUUUGAAAAAAAUCAUAUUUUUGUCUUUUUUGGUUUCAUCUAAUUAUUAUUAAAAAUACAAAAUAGAUUUAUUUUUCAUAUGGAGCCAUAUUUCCGGUAGAAAACAAGUUGCAAAAUUUAAAAACAAUUAUAUCAGCUCUCCGUAAAUAUUUGCCAUUGUACCAAUAAUUUUCUUUCCAAUUUUUUCCCAAUUAUGAAACCCCUUGAAAAAUCAGAAAAGAUUACUCUCUAUACAUUGACGCAAUAUUCUGGUAGAAAAGUGUUUACAGAUACAAAAAAAAAAAUCUACUUCAUAGUAAAACUAAUAGAUCCCUCACCCUACGCUUCGAAUUUACAAAUUACUGUGAAAUAUUAUGGUUUUAGUAGUAAAAAAUUAUAAUACUAUACAUACUGCAUACAGCCAAUAUAAUUAAUACAAUGACUGAUACUCAUGAAUGAAUGAAUUUCCUAUUUAUUUUCUUGUUCAAAGUUUUGUAAUUUUGCUAUGUUGACUAGACUGAGAUAAUAAAUUUAAGUAAAGUGCCUUCUAAAGUAUAGAUUUGUACAGAGUGAUAAACAUAGUGUAAGACGCUCAUUAUCUCAGAAAGUAUUACAUCUUUUCAGAAUUGACUGUUGUAUCCGUAUUUGUUUUCACUUGUAAUAUGAGAUGUUACAAAAGAAAAACAAGAUAGCACCCUGGUUUCUGAUGUUUGCAAAUCAUAUGGUUUUGGUAUACAAGGGUUUACAAGUGUUAGUGACCAAACUUGAAGAUUAAAAAAAUAGGUUUGGAUUAAAACGAAAGUUUUAAAUUUCAAGUUUGCAUAAGGUAAAUGAAAGUAAUUGUAAAGGUCAUUAUGGAUAAAAGAGAAAUUUUAUAUAAAGGUUGUUUGGUAAUUAUUGAUACAUGAUUAUGAGUGUUGGGCAAUAAUGUGUUAAAAUGAGCACGAUUGAUGUUUAGUGUGAUCUGCAGGAUGUAUAGUAUGAGGAAUGAAUAUUAUAUAAAAUUUAACAGGUAUAGCAGAAAAUAAUAGAUCCAUUUUUAGAGAAGGAUAAACCAUGAGAUAAUCAAGAUGAUAGAUGAAUUUAGUGUGGUAGAUAUCUGGAAAGAGGUAGGCCCGAAAAAAAAAGUAACUAUUAGAUAUAUGAAGCAGUCAAAUAUAUAUGAAAUGUAAAACAAAUAAUAUUCCCAAUCCACAGUUUUUCCCUCCUGAUUUUUGCACUGAACGUUUGUACAGAUCUUACUUCACUUCGUAAUUCUUACUUUCUUGGUCCUGGUGGAAUUUCUGCACGCUUCCUCUAUAGAUAUUCAUUGGAUAAAGGAAUUUUUCCUUCUGUAUCUAAAACUAACUCCAAUUUUCAAAUCAAUUAUCCACUAUAGUAGCCUCAAUCUUAUACUAAUCUCACAUCAGCAUGGAUUAGCAUGACCAAAGAAAUCAACUAUUACCUAUAGUGUAUCGUUUCGUUCUUUUAUAUGUGACUGUAUUAAAAAUUAUUUUUUAAUUUCACAUUAUUAUACCCGAAUUUUCCAAAGCCUUUGAUUUUGUUUAUUUUGCUUUCUAAAAAACUUAUGAAUUUAAAAAUUGGUAAUUUUGUCUUGGCUAAAUUCUUAUUUCUUAGGCAAAACACAAUUUGUUAAAAUUAAUAAUACUCAGUCUAAUAUAAUUGAAAUUCCAUCUAGGGUUCCUCAAGGUGGGCAUCUUAGUUCUCUACUAUUUUACCUGUUAUUAAACUCCAUUUCUGCAAACAAAAAAAGUUCUACUAGUUCGACUAUUACCUCAUCUAUGAUGUCCUUCAAAUUCAAACUCUCUUCUCAGUAAGGUAAAGACGACCAGCGGUUUAAAAGAACCAAUAAACCAUUGAUUCUCUUUGAUUCUCUAGGAUCUUCUGGAAAGUCUUUUAAAGUUCCCUCAUAUUCAAUGAGUAACCCAUUACGUUAGCAUUACAUAUACCCGUUAACUUCUAUUCUCUAUCCCUAGUCACACCAUUUUUUACUGUCAUAAUCACUCCUUCAAUCGCAUGCUCAAAGCCUAUACUCCCUGAGUUACUUGUAUUCGUAUUUUGUUUAUUUUUUCUAUUGUUAUAUUCAUACAUGUAUACUUUAAGUUUAAAAUAUAAUAUUCUCUUGUCACAUUGUCAAUUCUCAUUUGGCGUUUAUUUUUCCAAAUAAAUAAAUAAAUAAAUUACAAUUUUCACAAUAAUUAAUUUUCUAUUUUUUGUGUACAGGUAACACUAAUAAAUUGCCUCAAAAUAAUCCAUUUGCAUUACAACAACAAUUACGUCAAUCAUCUUCACAUAGUGAGUCUAUACUAAAAAAAAUUAAAUUAAUUUUAUAAAUAAUAAACAAUUGAUGUUAUUUAGAUUUAGAUUGGUCUUCGAUAGAUCCAGCAAUAGUUACAGCAACACCUCAUUGCAAUUUAUAUACAACACCACCACCACCACCUGGUUUUAAUAUGAGACAAGCAUUUGAUUCAAAUCUAUGGUUGUUUAACAACCUUAUUUAAAUGUGCCUUUACCUCCAUGUGAUAUUUGCGCAAGAAAACAAAUAGUAAUGGCAGACUCUUUUAUUUUAAUUUGGUUUGUAUUUUAUAAACAUUUUAUUUUUUUAUUUUUCUAUUUACAUUUUUUUAAUUUUACCUAUUUGUUUUUUUUUUUUUACAGAUCAUGAUUACCUAACAAAAAAGUCCCAUGCAAUAUUUUAAUAUCAAUAAAAUACAUAAAUGAGUUGUUUAUGAUUCAAAAAAAUAAAAAUUGCCAAAAAUUUAUUAUUAAUAC